AUGUCGGGGAAGGGAGGGAAGGUCGACGACGACGGGAACAAGCUGAAGAUGAAGAGGGUGAAGGAGAGCGUGGAGAAGCACCUCCAUGACGUCCAGGUCACUGUUGAUAAUGCCUUGCUCAACAAGUUGUACGACAGUCAGGGUUGGGCGCGUCCGAAUGGUCCCGAGGAGGCCAAGGAGACGAUGAAGCUCGUGUUUGCCGGGGAAGUGAAGGAGGAUGGCAAGAGAGAGGUAGACAACCUGAACCCUCUUGCGAUUAAGCAGCUCGGGCGAUCGUUGAAAGAGGUUUGUCCCCUCCACUGCAGGGUCAAGAGCAUAUGCUUCUGGCAUUCUCCGGUAGAAGAUGAAGGGCUCAAAGGAUUGUUAGAGUUUGGGAUGAAGCCGCCGAAGCCGGACGUGUGGGAGGGAUUGUUACACCUGGAACUGGUGGACUGCGGCAUCGGACUGCAAGGCUGCGAACUGCUCGGCGAGAGUCUCAAGGCCCACGUGCCAUUGCGAUCGCUGACACUGGAUUUCAAUCACUUCGGGGAUGCGGGGGUCGAGCAUAUCGCGUCGGGGCUGAGAAACAACACCAACGUGUCGACCCUGAGCUUGGCGUUCUGCGGCCUGACCUCGCGCAGCGGGCAGUUGAUCGCUGAUGGCAUCAUCAAGGGUUCGAAGGUCAAGUCGCUGGACCUCAAGGGGAACAAGUUGGGUCUGUACAUUGAUGAGGAAGGUAACAGCCUGCCUGGGUACUCCUUGAUCCCAAUCUUUGCGGGGAUGACCAACCAAGAACUCUGGGCACCCACGUCGGUCCGUCAGUUCAGCAGCGACAAGCAGGAUGAGGAUGGGAACGCGACCAACUUGUGGGACUUGGAACUGAAGGCUGUGCUGAGCGAUGAGUUCCGAGCACAGCCGAUGGAGGGCACGUCGGGGAACUACCGGGCCACCCAGGGCCCUUGGGCAGGAUGGGAACUGUUCACAUCGUACAUCGAGGGAGAGCCGAAGCUGUUUGCGGCCACGGAGACUCUGCAGAAGUUGAACCUGUGUGACAACUCGUUCACGGAGGACAUCACGUACAAGGUGAUGGAUAAGAACGGGACGCAGAAAGUAGUCCAGGUGGACGAGUCGAACUUCGAAGUGUCGCUGGCCUGUCCCCUUGAGAAGGAGGAGACUUGGGCCCACCUAAAGCAGGACUCCUUCCAGGUAUUCCGAGCUCAGAUCACCAAGGGAUGCUACUGCCAGAUGGGGAUGGAGAUGAUUCACGUGACGGAUAUCGUUGCAGAUUGCGCUUUCAUCAUUCGGGAGGACCUCGACGCGGUCAAGUUCGUCCUGCCGCUGCAGAGCCUGCAGCCUGUCUUUCCGUCUGCCGGCAACGAGACCACGAGCAAGAACUUCCUACAGAGGUACACGCCUGUCUCCGAGCGGCAACUGUUCGAGCUCGGCAUCGUCAAGGGCGCCUGCCUGCAUGUCGGGCGAGAGAUCAUUCGGAUACGUUCUAUCAGCGGGGGGAGCGUCUUUCUCAGUCGGGGCAGCUGCGGCACGGAGGUGUCGAAGCAUGCGCAGGGGGUCAAGGCGAUCAGGCUAUGUCAGCUGGGGAUACAGAGGGGGACUUGCUUCUCCCCCUCCACCUACCACGAGCUGGGUGACUCUAUCCAGCGCAUCAGCCAGUUCAAGUUCAUGGUGAAGCAGCUCAGCCUCAACGUGUCUCUAGAGGAGCUUCUAUUAGAAAACAAUCUCGGGAUAGGGCAAGAUGCUGCUGAGCUUCUGCGGGUGCCGACGAGGAGGCUUUCGGUGUUCACACUGUCGGGGAACGGGAUCAAGGAAUCGCUCUUUCGUGAGGUAUACAAGGAUGGGACAAGUUCUAAGAAGGGGAAGAAGAAAAAGUAA